AUGGCUGUCAAUGUCCCAGGAAUUAUAGCCGUAGUUAUUUUCUACCUGUUGAUUCUUGCCCUCGGACUAUGGGCAGCGAGAAAAACCAAAGGGGAAACGAACAGUGAAAAUGUGAUGUUGGCAAAUCGGAAUAUCAGCCUCUUCGUCGGAAUAUUCACAAUGACGGCCACAUGGGUGGGAGGUGGAUUUAUCAAUGGAACAGCUGAGUCGGUGUAUAAGGACGGGCUGGUAUGGUGCCAGGCACCCCUAGGGUAUGCCAUUAGUUUAGCGCUGGGCGGGGUAUUUUUUGCCAAGAGAAUGCGGUCUCAGGGUUACGUCACGAUGUUAGACCCUUUUAGCAGAACUUAUGGGGAAAGAAUGGGCGGGUUGUUGUACGUACCGGCUCUGCUGGCUGAGACGUUCUGGUGCGGGGCCAUUCUGGCUGCUCUAGGUGCCACCUUGGCGGUUAUCCUGGACUUGGACCAAACGUUGUCUAUAACAAUCUCGUCAUGUAUCGCGGUGUUCUAUACUCUCUUUGGGGGCCUCUACUCUGUAGCCUACACAGACAUCAUGCAGCUAUCCUGUAUCUUUAUUGGUCUUUGGCUCAGUGUUCCAUUUGCCAUGACAAACACUCAUGUCACUAGCAUAACCACCAAUUCCUCAGCUGUCUGGAUCAAAGAGUUAGACCCUAAGUAUAUAGGUUACUACAUCGACUCCUUCCUGUUGAUUAUGCUCGGUGGCAUCCCAUGGCAAGCUUACUUCCAGCGGGUAUUAUCAGCUAAGUCCGCAUUUAAUGCCCAGAUUCUGUCUGUCAUGGCGGGAUUUGGCUGUAUCGUCCUUUCCAUUCCCUCCGUCUUAAUUGGCGCCAUCGCUGCCAACACAGACUGGAAUGCUACAAGGUACGCGACAGAAGACAAUAAGCCUGUCCCUAUCCCUCCGGAACUGGUCUCUAACAUCCUCCCCCUGGUGCUGCAGUACCUGACCCCCACCUGGGUCUCCUUCUUCGGACUUGGUGCUGUGGCGGCCGCUGUUAUGUCGUCUGCUGAUUCUUCCAUUCUCUCUGCCAGCUCCAUGUUUGCUCGCAAUGUGUACAAGAUGAUAUUUCGUCCAAAGGCCUCUGAGAGAGAAAUUCUUUGGGCAAUGAGGAUUUCCAUUUUCGGCAUUGGUGCCUUGGCGACAGUGAUUGCGAUUGUCGUAAAAUCUAUAUACGUGUUGUGGUUCCUGUGUUCUGAUCUCCUAUACGUCAUAAGCUUUCCACAACUUUUAUCAGUUAUUUAUAUCCGAAAGUGCAACACCUAUGGAUCUAUUUUUGGUUACGUUGUGGGAUUACUCCUUCGCCUCACAAGUGGGGAAUUUACCUUAAAUAUCCCUCCUGUGGUCAAAUACCCUUGGUACAUUGAGUCUGAAGGACGACAGUUGUUUCCGUAUAAAACAUUCGCCAUGCUGGUCACUUUUACCUGUAUCGUUUCAGUUUCGUAUAUGACCAGGUAUAUUUUUCAGCGAGGGAUUAUCCCUAUGAAGUUUGAUGUCUUUAAAUGUUUUUCUGGACAGUUCGAAACAUCUGUCGACAUCAUGGUCAAAAAUGGAAAAAGCAAUCCUUCCUUUGCUUCGUCUGGUGACGAUGUUAGAGAUCGACACACGAAGCAGGAUACAUCACUUUGAAAACCCCAGCUUUUAAAGCGAACAGUUUUCAAUUCGUGAUUUAG